CAUGUGAUGAGCCUCAGGUGUGUUGAUUGGAGGGCUGUUCUGUUAUUAUGCUGUACCAUGGCGACGGUUAAGAGAUGCUUUUCUGUUCAGGCUGUUCACGGCAGACAGCGUGUAUUAUAGUAGAGAGACAGUUGCGGGCAACGCGAUAAUUAAUUCCAGUUAGUUUUGUUCUGUUCUUACAACACCUGUCACAGUAGUCGACAUUGACGAUUCUCACCUUUUCAGGUGAAAUGAACUUACGGAUGAAGAACUUUUGUUUCUGUCUGGUUCUACUUGCAGUUCUUGCGGUGGGGGCUUAUGGAGCCUCCUGUGACGACUGCUUGGCGACGUACAAUGCUGCUACCAAGACAUGCACCGUGGCCAACGCCUUCAUCACGUGUAUGGAAGAUGCCGUGAACCCCGGAUGUCCAACAUCGACUGCCAACCUAGUCGGGUUCAUUGGACAACUUAGUUCCUGCUCUCUGACCACACUGUGUACGUGUCAAAAAGACCAUCUGGUACGAUGGUCCGAGUGGCACCACCACUCAAUGCGAGAGCGAGAAACAGAAGCUUGGAUGCAUUGGUGGAGUGACAGAUUUGGCGUGCGAUGCUUCUACCAAGGGACACACUAUUGCCACUUCCACAGACACAGACAUCACUAAUAUCGGAGGCUGUGCCGCU